CUCUUGAAUCUGCCGCUGCUGUUGCGAGAACAGAAAGAUGUCAAUGGUCCGCGCAGAGGUAACGAACGGCGACGCUUGACAGGCGCAUUGGAUUGUCGAGUAGAAACUCUAAAGCGCAUUGUCAAAUCAAAUAUAGGGCGACAGUCGGCGCACUGUUAUGAAAACAGGACAGUAGUCCCGCCGAAGUGAAAGCCGCGUUCUUCUUCCGCCUCUUCCUCAGAUAACUUCGCUAGCCGCUGAGCUAGCGCGCUGCUAGCAGCUGCUCGGCACACAAAGAAACCAGAAAGGACGACUUGGUCGCCGAUUUACGGCGCGCUCUUGAAUGAAGACGGAGCCCAGCUUACAGCGUGAUCAUGGUGCUGACUGGCAAGCGUUCUGAGAAAGGACCCGCUCGCUGGAAGAGGAGAGUCAAGUCUGAGUACAUGAGGCUGCGCCAGCUCAAGCGCUUCAGGCGGGCUGACGAGGUCAAAAGCAUGUUCAACAGCAACCGCCAGAAGAUCCUGGCGCGCACUGACAUCUUAAACCAGGAGUGGAAGACCCAAUGUAUCCAGCCCGUCCACAUCAUGACGUCUGUCGGCUCGCUCAGAGGCACACGAGAGUGCACAGUGGACAGCAGCUUCUCUGAGUUCCCCCGCCAGGUCAUCCCCUUGAAGACCCUCAAUGCCGUGGCCUCCAUCCCUGUCAUGUACUCGUGGUCGCCACUGCAGCAAAACUUCAUGGUGGAGGAUGAAACGGUGCUAUAUAACAUUCCCUACAUGGGGGACGAGAUACUGGACCAGGACGGCACCUUCAUUGAGGAGCUUAUCAAGAACUACGACGGAAAAGUCCACGGAGACAGAGAGUGCGGCUUCAUCAAUGACGAGAUCUUUGUUGAGUUGGUCAGCUCAUUGUCUCAGUACAGCGACAACGAGGAGGACGAGGAGGAAGAGCACGACUUCAAGAUGGAGAAGAUGGACGCCACCUGCGAGCACCCGGACCACGCGCACACCAAUGAGGGCCGAGCCGACGACAUUGGCAGCAAGAAGUUUCCGUCGGACAAGAUCUUUGAAGCCAUCUCCGCUAUGUUCCCUGACAAAGGUUCCACAGAAGAGCUGAAAGAGAAGUACAAGGAGUUAACGCAGCAGCAGCUUCCCGGCGCGUUGCCUCCCGAAUGCACGCCCAACAUCGAUGGUCCCAACGCUCGCUCGGUGCAGCGCGAGCAGAGCCUGCACUCGUUCCACACGCUCUUCUGCAGACGCUGCUUCAAGUACGACUGCUUCCUUCAUCCGUUCCACGCCACGCCCAACACGUACAAACGCAAGAAUCUGGAGAACCUGGAGGACAACAAGGCUUGCGGCGCGGACUGUUACAUGCACCUGCUGCAGGACGACGUGGCAAGCGAGUACGCCAGCGGACUGGCUGCGGCGGAGUGCGCCAAGACGCCUUCCAAGCGCACGACUGGGCGUCGCCGCGGACGUCUGGCCAACAGCCGGCCCGGGACGCCCACCGCCCUGUCCUCGGAGACCAAAGACACGGACAGCGAACGCGAGGGCAGCAAAGACGACGACGACGACAGCGACGACAAGAAGGACGACAACAGCGGCAGCAGCUCGGAGGGCAACUCUCGCUGUCAGACACCCGUCAAGCUCAAGCUCCACCUUCCCACUGAGUCGCUGGAGUGGAGCGGCGCCGACGCAUCGCUCUUCCGGGUACUCAUCGGCACCUACUACGACAACUACUGCGCCAUCGCCAGACUCAUCGAAACCAAGACGUGUCGCCAGGUAUACGAGUUCCGGGUGAAAGAGUCGAGCAAUAUCGCGCGCGCUCCCGCCGAAGAUGAGGACACUCCCCCUAGGAAGAAGAAGCGCAAGCAUCGACUUUGGGCCACGCACUGUAGGAAAAUCCAGCUCAAGAAAGACGGUUCGUCCAAUCACGUGUACAACUACCAGCCAUGCGACCACCCUAGACAACCCUGCGACUCGUCUUGUCCGUGCGUCACCGCCCAGAACUUUUGUGAGAAGUUCUGCCAGUGCAGCUCAGAGUGCCAGAACCGAUUCCCGGGUUGCCGGUGCAAAGCUCAGUGUAACACCAAGCAGUGUCCGUGCUACCUGGCCGUCAGGGAGUGCGAUCCCGACCUUUGCCUCACCUGCGGCGCCGCCGAGCACUGGGACAGCAAGAACGUCUCUUGCAAGAACUGCUCCAUCCAGAGGGGCGCCAAGAAGCACCUCCUGCUGGCGCCGUCCGACGUGGCGGGUUGGGGCAUCUUCAUCAAGGAGCCAGUCCAGAAGAACGAGUUCAUCUCGGAGUACUGCGGCGAGAUCAUCUCCCAGGAUGAAGCAGAUCGCAGAGGCAAAGUGUAUGACAAAUACAUGUGCAGCUUCCUCUUCAACCUCAACAACGACUUUGUUGUUGACGCCACCCGCAAAGGCAACAAGAUUCGAUUCGCCAACCACUCCGUCAACCCAAACUGCUACGCCAAAGUCAUGAUGGUGAACGGCGACCACAGGAUCGGCAUCUUCGCCAAGCGCGCCAUUCAGACCGGGGAGGAGCUCUUCUUUGACUACAGGUACAGCCAAGCGGACGCUCUCAAGUACGUCGGCAUUGAGCGCGAGAUGGAGAUCGCCUGAGACACACACAGACGCGGCAACACGCGCUCGCACACACCAACUAUCAUCAGGAUGACCGUCAGCUUGUCUGAAAACCAUUUCAGGAAGAUUUGUAGCGCCUUUUUGUUCUGUUAAAGGUGCGGGGGGGGGGGGGGGGGGGCGACAUUCGUUUUCUCAAACUUUCAGGGACCAAAGUUGGCACUGGCAGGCUCGAGUUGUUGUGCGAAGGACGUUUAAUGGUGUCGUCCAACACCUCAGCAACAUUUUACCUUUUUAACAUUGUGGCGUCUAGCCAGAAAAUACAUUUCUUGACAGUGAACUCUUGUGGCGUCGAGUGAGCGCCAAAA